UGUCGCGAAAUGGCCGUCGCGCCGAGCAAACUGCUGGAGCCGCCUCUGAAUCGGAUGCACUGUGCCGUUUUACACAGCCGACCGGGUCAAAGUUGCAUGCAAGCCUUUCUCUGGAAUCUGUACCGCAAUCAUGUGUCCAGUGCGAAAUACUAUUCACCCAUGUUGCUGGUCUGUUGCCCUUAGUCAUGAAUUGGCGACGCCUUUCUAAAAACAUAAUAUAUUCAGUGGUGAAAAACUAUGCCCAAUCCGUCAGUUUCGCCGCCUUCAUCAAUGCCAUCACUUUUCUUCUAAUGUGCGUGGGCAGGCGGCUUAAUGGACGAUUCGUCUUCAUAUUUAUACCAUAUCUGCCUUGCUGGAUUGCCUCGCACCUCAGUUGGUUGAUGCCACCUCAGGUUCUUCAUUUUUUUGUGACCGGAAUAACAUCCGCAGCCAUUGAAAGCGUACUGAGGUAUUUUGAAGUCGGGUUGGUGCGUUCCCGCUUGGUUCAGACUCUCAUCUUCAUGAUCUCCUCUGUGGUGGUCAUGCACUAUCAACAGACAAGGAAGUACUCCGGUUUCUGGUUCAUCCGACCGGCUUCUUUGCCCGAGGACCAUGAGAAAUGGACGCCCUCGAGGCUUUUGAUGCAGGGUUUAAGGGAAUUGAGAUCUUACCUGGGCAUUGGAUUGGCGUUGGAUCUAAUAAAUCCCAUAAUGAGGAGAAACAUAAAACUCGUGCGGCCAAAAAUGACAAGUUUCUUGGCGGGCUAUAUAGGAUUGUUUAAGUUGGUGCAAUUACUGUUGCUGAAUAGUUUGGAAUUAAAACAAGCCAAUGCGGUGGCAUCCUUUAUAAGUGGCGCUACCUUUGCUCUACUACCAAAUCGACUCACCUUCAUGUGUUUCGCUGUUGUAACGACUGGCCAGGUGAUUUGGAAACAGGUGUGCGCUCUUAAAUCUGAGAAGGAUCCGGUAUUAGCUGCGGUGCAAAGGAUUCCCUGGUCGAGGCUACUGAUACCCUGCAAUCUGGCUUACUUGGUCCACAUUUUCUUUUACCACCAACAUCACCUAAACGAGAUUGCCCGCAGUUUCAUAGACUGUACGUGUGAUAAGAAUGGCCAGCGUUUAUUGGAUGUCAUGAAUCUGCCCACUAUAAACGAAAUUCUAGAAACAGUGAAUAAAUCACCAAAAACUUCGUUUUGGUUUUAAGUUGAAAGUCGAUUGUUACAUAAAUAAUUGUAAAAUUUGCUUUCCAAGAACCUCAUACCAGAUGUCGUAAAUGAUAACAUUUUUAUUUUUUUCAUGAAAUAAAUUGUCAGAACCGCAACAUAAAUGACAUAUCAAACUUUAAACAUAACUUACUUUACGCGUUAGCCAGAUUAAAUUAUAAGCGAGUCGCAUAAA